AUGCCCAAACAAGCCAUUCCCGGAGUGGGCAAGUUCAAAGUCGCCGGAGACAGCAGAAAACCGCUGGCAGCACGACAGGCAAGCAGGAGUCUCGAUGUUCCUUCUACACCAGCAAAAGAGACUUUUACCGUUGAAGGGUACCCAACUCCCAAUACUUCCUCUGAGAACAUAGAAAGAAAAUCCCACAAACGCACAACCACGUUCCAGCUGCCAGAAGAGUUCUCAAGAGCAAAGUGCGAUGCCCUGCUGUCCAAAUAUAUGGAAGCUAUCCACCCGCUAGUUCCACUUAUUGACACCCAUCACUUCUGCUCUGUGUAUGAGAAGCCAUGGCCAAAUGAGAACCAGUUUGUGCUAGAGCUACUCACGAUAAUUUACUCAGCGACGAUUAUCACGAAAAUGCCAUCUCAGUCGCUGAUAGACUUGAUGUUCAGGUAUCUGAGCAUUGCGCCUCCGUUACAGAAGUGCCAAUCCUUGACAGUUCUGCUAUUUGUUCAGCCCAAAAACCCAUUUGGAUCGAUAUCCACGUUGCUGAAUCUUUCGGAUCUGCUCGAGCUAUACAGAGACCCGGUCUUGUACCACCAGAUACAAAACGUCAGAGAGAUCCGGCUUCGCAGGACACUAUGGUGGCUGCUUGUACAGCUGGAUUGUUUCUCGUCCCUGAAAACCGAUUUUUCACCGGCUACAUCGAAAAAUAUAGUGGACACAAAAAUGCCAAGCGAAAAUUGGUCCGUCGAUGGGUUCUCUGUUAAUCCGAGCAUGGCUCUACUUUGCGGCGUCUCUCACUGGUGCAUGUGCUGUAACGAGGUCUGGCAGGGAAAGCAUAGCCACCAGCCAAUUAGUUCAGGCCAAGCGGCAAAAUAUAGACAGGAUGUCGAGAACCUUGCUCUCGCCUGCUCCGCUACAAUUCAGAAACUAGUAAACUCCACUUCGCAAAAAGAAAACGACUUCAUACAGCUUGCAAUUGCCGUGCUUGCUUCAUUGCCAGAUAGGCUGAGGCUGAUAAUUGAAUUGGCAACAGAUAAAAUAGGAUUGGUUGCGUUUCACCGGACUGACCACUAUCUAAUACAAUCUUUACUGAUUCCCUCAUAUUCCAAAUUCGCUUGGUACUCAUUUUUUGAGCCACUACAAAUUUGCAUCAGCUUGUUCCGUUCUAUCCUGGACCAGAUCCGCUAUCAGCAUAGCAAAGCGUCGAUUGUCUCGAGUGCCAAUUUCAGGCUUUUGCAAAAAGCCAUACAAUGCAGCUCCCACCCCCAGCUGAAAAUCCUCUUCAACGAAUUGUGGAGUCAAUUUUUCAUGUCCCAACUGGGAAGCUUACAAAUCAAUACGCUUCACGGGAUGCAUAGGAACGUGACUGCCCUUAAACUCCGAUACUUCGACCAAGAACUGCUAGCUAUUACUAAUUACUCUGGUGGAUUUUUCUGA